AAUACUGGAAAACUCAGAAGAAAAGGAUUUCAUUGAAGAGACACAAAUACUAAUUGGGUCCAAAAAUAGUGACAUUAAUUUGAUUUAUUAAUACAAUUGACAUGAGUUUGACAGCCUUUUUCAGCACCCCUUUAAGCCCCUCUUUCACACCAUGCUUUAUGUGAAACAGAAGUGAGAUUUCAGAAAGAGGCAUUUCAAAGCUGCUCUUGGUCCAUAGAACAUUCAUCUUACUGUGAUUUCAACUGGGGUCUGUAGUCCAGGGGACUCUCCACAGCGUCAGCUUAUCUGGAGCUUUUUUAUUUUAUAUUUUCUCUCAUUCUUCACACCCCUGUAGUCUUGUUCCAAUUCUCCCAGAGACUUCACCCUGGCCGGCACUAUUCCACCAAAGGGGGAAGAAGACUUCCUGACGCUGGCCGCUUCGCGGCUCAGCCGUAGGAAACGUGUGAUUGGAGCUGCAGUGGGUGUGGCCAUGGUUCUCGUACUUUUGGUUGCCAUUCCUCUGCUGGUCCAUACGACCAAAGUGGGGAGUGUGGGAAAUGCUGGUAGCCAUUAUGAAAUGCUUGAAUCCUGCAAAAUGGUAUGUGACACCACAGCUCAGCCGGGCCAAGAGCUGACCGCUGUAUCCCCACCGCCACAGGAUUACUCUGGAAAGAAGAUCAGGUCUGGUCUCCGUGGGCCUCCAGGGAUUCCCGGACCCCCAGGAGCACGAGGACCCCCUGGAGAGCCAGGCAAACCCGGACCACAAGGUCCACCAGGCCCAGGCCCAGGUGGCUAUUCCCCCUCUCUUUACUCUCCUAAAAUCGCCUUCUAUGCAGGGCUGCGCAGACAGCAUGAAGGGAGUGAAAUACUAAAGUUUGACGAUGUGGUCACCAAUGUGGGCAACUAUUAUGAGCCCAGCACUGGGAAGUUCACGUGUCCGCUACCUGGUAUCUACUUUUUCACCUACCACGUCCUUAUGAGAGGCGGAGAUGGCACCAGUAUGUGGGCCGACCUAAAGAAGAACGGGCAGGUGAGAGCCAGUGCCAUCGCUCAGGACGCCGAUCAGAAUUACGACUACGCAUCCAACAGCGUGAUCCUGCAUUUGGACGUGGGCGACGAGGUGUGUGUCCAACUGGACGGUGGCAAAGUGCACGGAGGCAACACCAACAAGUACAGCACUUUCUCCGGCUUCCUCAUCUACCCUGACUGACCGCUGUCCCACUGUGGUCUGUCUGUGGGUCUCCAAAUCCAAUGCAUGCACACACGUAAGCAGACAUCACAAAGACUACUAAUCAUACUGAGCCAAACUGCUUUGAUUUGCACCUCCAGUCUAUAUCACAAAUGUAUGAAUAUGUACAGUGAAGGUGCAAAAAAUGACUGCACGUUGUGGCUCGGAAAUAUCCUAAAAAGAAUCAAUGUGUCUCACAUUAAAUGCCAUUGUAUCAGAAUAUAUUGAGCAGCAUCAUUCUAAUUGUGUUUUAAUGCAAUAAUGGUGUCAAGAGUGCCAUUAAUCAAGCUGGUGAAGCCAAGGCAUACCUAUGUGUAUUGUAAUCUUUAACCCAUACACUACUGUCUUGCCAUGCUUUCUUCAUACCUAAAUAAAUGCCAAAUUAUUAUGCAAAGAUGGUAGAUAUGUCGGAUAAUACUAAAUGCAGACAAUAUUAUGACCAUAAUUUACAUAUCACUGGGAUUAACGAUUUCUUUUUGUUCCUAUUUUAUUAAUGGCACUUGUUUCAUUGCAAAUGUACAGUAUUUCAAAGUGCAUUUUUGAUUGUGUGUUUGUAUUUGAUUACAAAAUAAUGAGUGUGUGGAUGUGACUGCCCGCCUGUCUUUUAGUUCAAAAUGUUGUAUACCUCAUAGAUGGAUUUAAUGGAUUUUAC